UAAAAUAUAUUUUCGCGUAAGAGACGUCGUUAUUUACGCUGACGUCACGGUAUCCCAGGUAACUGACCCUGGCAGCUGUUCUCCCAGGAAGCAUGGUCAGAAAGAUGCUAAGCCACUCAGCCUGAGCAAGCACCACAAAACCACCUGAGGAAAACAUGGGCUUGUUGUCCAUUCUACGGAGACUUAAGCAGACUCCAGAACAGGAGGUGCGCUUGCUGCUGUUAGGCUUGGACAAUGCUGGCAAGACCACUCUUCUAAAACAGCUGGCAGCCGAAGAUAUCAGCCACAUCACUCCCACACAAGGCUUUAAUAUAAAGAGCGUCCAAUCUUCUGGCUUUAAGUUGAAUGUUUGGGACAUUGGCGGGCAGCGGAAGAUCCGUCCAUACUGGAGGAAUUACUUUGAGAACACAGAUGUGCUGAUCUACGUGAUCGACAGCUCAGACCGGAAAAGGUUUGAAGAGACAAGUCUGGAGCUAGCUGAGUUGCUGGAGGAGGAGAAGCUUGCUGCCGUGCCACUGCUGAUCUUUGCCAACAAGCAGGACCUGAUGACAGCCACUCCUGCAUCUGAGCUGGCCGAAAGUCUCAAUUUGCACACCAUCCGGGAUCGCAUGUGGCAGGUGCAGGCCUGCUCAGGAGUCACCGCUGAGGGAGUGCAGCACAUUUGCCACAGACCCCACUAAUCUGAACUGGAUGAGUGCUCCACUGUGGUCCUAUAGGGCAUUUACAUACAAACCUUUUCCAGGACUAAUAGCUCUCCAAUACAAUUUGCAUUUAUAUAGCCCCCUUCAUACCAACAUGAUUUGGCACCUUUGCCCAUGAUAAAAAUAAACCUCCUCCUUUGGCCUUGAGUUACUGCCCUGCUGCUGGUGCUGCUACUGGUUUUGUGUGUGCACUUGUGUGUCCAUCUACGCAUGUAAGGUUGGCUGAUUUUAAUAUGUCAGAGCUGCUUGGUCCGGCGAUGGAAACAAGUGCAGAAACCCUCAAAACGGGCCUCAUAAUGAUUCAGCCGCCUUCGUGGCUCUCAUGCUGUGUGUGCGUAUUUUAUGCUGUAUAUUUGAAUUUUGUUGAUACAGCACAGUUGGACACUUGGUCAGGCCAAAGAGUCAAAAGGUAAAUAUUAAGCCAGAACAGAUCUUGUUGGAUAAUCUAAAAUAGAAAACAUACAUUUUUAAGCCAGCAGAUUGUGGCACACGUGCAUCCGACACUUUUACAAGCUCUAGAGAGAGUACAUCAAAGGAUAAAAAUAGAAUAAUGAAUAAAGAAAUGAAAGUGUACCAUGUGAGAGAGACGAUAAAAGGCCUCCUCCCUCCCUCUGGAUUGCUUAAUCAUUAACAUCUUAUGCAAGUGAUAAUCACUCAACCUGUAAAAACAUAUACCCAAUUACACAUAAAAGUGCUCUGAUAAAUCUUUCCCAUUUUAUCUAGCAAUAGCAUGUGAGUAUGAUGGCACAGGCCGUGAAGUGGCUUUAAAUCCCAAAUGAAUAAAAUGGGAAUUACCAAAUAGAAGAGCGGAUUGGAGCGACCGCUCCUCGUUACCUCUGGCUCUAUCAUCAGAGAGGUGAGAGGCAGUCAGGCCUGCCAGAGGCCAUAAAUCACGGGACUUUCCCAGCUACUCAAGCCAGCACAGCGGCCUCCCACACAGGGGAAACGAAGGGCAGAGAGGCUGAUUGACUCGCAAGGCCAGUGAAAGAGAGAUCCUGUGACUUCGAGUGCCGUGGAUCUCACACGCUGUAACUCAGUCAUGUGUGUGCUGCAGCAGCUGUGUGGGACACAUCAGUGUUUAGAUUCAGAUGAUCUGACUGAAAAGAAAAUGCUCAGUUAGAGGAGAAAAAAAUUGAUUUGUCUUUACGUUCUAAUUUUGUAACAAAUCAAAACACACAGAAGCCCGUACUGUGGAGCCACUUUGCAGGUGUUGUUUUUUUUUUUGUGUGUUUUUUUUUUUUUUAAAAGGGGAAACUGAUCUGUUUGGUGUCAUGAAUGCUUUUUGAAUCAGUUGAAUGAUUUCUUCUGUUGCUCGAAAGGAAGCUUUGUUUGAAAGAAUAACUCCGGUGAUGUUAUGUCAGUGGCUGCUGCUCACAGAUUAAAGAAUUUUAAAGAAAGGUCUGUUACACAAAUUAGGGAUUUUGAUUUUAAAAGACUCACGUUUUUGCCAUUCAGAGUGCUUCAAAAUUAAAAUAUUAACUCACACAAAUGAGUCAAAUUUAGCAUAACAACCUCUGCUGAUCCAUUUAAUCUGCGUCCUGUGAGUCCCCCAUCUUUAUGGAAGUGCAUUAGAAUACUAAAUAUCACUAAUUACCUGCUUUAUGUUACUGAUUUGUCUCCACAUAUUAAAAUUCCAUAAACAACUGCUUAUUCUGAGACCAUUUGUGGACCAAAAUUAAACAUUAUUUUUAGUUUUUUAAGAAGGUAAGGAGAGCACAAUUACAAAUGGUGCACAAGUGAUUCUGUGAUAUGAUAUAUUGCAAAGAUGUCACGUACAACACACAAAUAUCAAUGUGACUGAAGAGGAAAAGAUACCCUAGAUGUAAGAAGUGAUCCAAAAAAAAACUAGAAUCAAGAAAGUCUUUGCACUUUUAAACAACAUAAAUAUGUACCAUCCCUUAAAUUUACAACUGUAAAAGCACGGCAAAAAACAUUUCCCCCUUUAUUACACACAUUUUUGGAACUGCUGUUUUUUUGCUUCUUUAAUAGGAGUAUUUGCAAUUAUUUCACUGUAUAUUAUUAUUA